AUGGAGGCCGCCAACAAGAUAAGACCUGCUCUUAUUGUGGUAGAUAUGCAGGAAGACUUCUGUCCACCAGACGGCUCACUUGCAGUCCAACACGGCCGAUCAAUCGCCCCUUUAAUAAACAAACUAUUAUCUCUUCCGGGCUUCGUGGUCAAGAUAGGAACACAGGAUUUCCAUCCGUCCAGCCAUAUAUCCUUUGCGACGAACCAUCCAUCACCAUCUAACAUACCCUUUAUUUCAACUAUUGAUGUGAAGAAUCCCGCCACCGGAAAGGAAGAAGAAACUAAACCCCAGCGGCUAUGGCCAGCACAUUGUGUCCAAGGCACAAAGGGGGCCAAUCUCAUCUCCGAAAUAGAAUCCGAUAAACUGGAUGCUAUUAUCAGAAAGGGGAUGGAUGAAAGGGUAGAAAUGUAUUCACCCUUUGCGGAUGCGUUCGGAAACCGGAAUUGUGUGGAGACAGGGGGAGUUAAUCAUGACCUUGAGGCGAUGCUGAACGACCAUCAAGUUUCGGAUGUAUUCGUUGUUGGGAUCGCGGGUGACUAUUGUGUCAAGUUUACGGCUAUCGAUGCCGCAGACCGCGGGUUCAGAAGCUACGUUAUUGAUGAGGCCACGAAGAGCGUGGAUCCUGGGGAAGGUUGGGAGGCUGCAAAGGUGGACAUGGCUGCUUAUGGGGUUCGUGUAAUUAGCGCUGAUGGAAUAGAGGAGGCCAUCAACACGUUAUGUAUUAAUGUCUAA